AUGUUUGCCAAAAUAAAGUGUAACAGCCACGACAGCAUGAACGACAAUAAAAACCCUGGUAUAGUCCUCCUUAUGCAACGAGAGGAUGCCACUGCUCUGCUGUAUGCGGAUCCUCAUAACCCCAUGCGCCACCUUCAGCGCGGCAUCUUACACUCUCAGCUCGGAUAUCCUGAUCUUGCGGCGGCAGAUGCAUAUCGUGCGCUAACCUUGUUUGAGGCCAUGAUUGAUCCGGAUUCUAGCGAGUACAGGCCUCGGAAAAAGGUGGGUUUGGAUGCUGUGGAGCUGAUUAGUUCCUCUGGGCUUGUGGAUAGGGAUACCUCCAUGAAUGUUCAUGUUGGGGCUGGCGGAAGUGAUUAUGGCGAGCCCGAAAGUUACGACGAUGAUGUAGAUCAGAACGGGCACAUGGAGGAAGACGAAGAGGAAGAAGAAGGUUUUGAACCCAUCUCUCAAGACGAAUAUACGGAAAAUAUCUGUAAUGUGUACAUAUUGCUCGUCAAAAGUCUCGUUCAGUGCGGCUGCAUGAGAGACGCAUAUGGUUUUUGCAUUCAGGCCAUGAGCCUCCAGGACUCUGAGCUUAAAUCCAGUUUCGGCAUAUUUGAAGAGCAACUCGCUAUCAUAAAGCGUUCGAUUACGGAUCGCCAACGGUCGGGGCAGCAAACGGAGAAAUGUGGAGAUUCCACCAACAAUCAAGACCUGGAAACUGAGGCGGAGAUGUUGGCGAGAUUCCAGCCUUCUGAUCUUAGUGCACAAGGUCGUGCAAAGAGGGUUCUCUACCCAUGGCAAACAACGAACCAGAUCGCUGUGAAGUAUAUUUGGGGCGACUUUUACGCUCCGGACGACAGCAUGCUUCCUCAAACCUCACCAUCACCAUUAAAUAACGGCAAGAACAACCCCCAUCCCCCCUCCGCAACCCUCCCUUUCUCCUUCCAUCUGUCAAUCCUCCAACCAACUCGCAUCCUAGAGGAAAUGGGACUGGAUCCCUUCGAAACCCUCCCAUUCUACGAUACCUGGGUGCUAAACACCCUCUACGCCAAAUUCCGCGGCACCGCGUCCGGUCGCCUAUCGACCUGGGAUGGAGGGCCGGAGUUAGGAAAGAGGACGAGAGGGUCAAAUGGGGUGGGCGCAAGAGCCCGGGGAGUGGAAAUUGGGCGGGAAUUAAACGUGGGGAGGAAAUAUUCAAUCAUUACUGUGAUGUGGGCUUGGGAUUAA